UAAAAUUAUUAAGUGAAAAACGAUUAUAUAUUAGAAUGAAGUGUGUUGCAAUAAUCUUAAUGUUCAUUCUAUGCUCUGCAUUGGGUGUUCUAGCUGACUGUCAAAUUUCUAGUUAUAUGGUGGAGGGAACCAAUCGUAUAUUUACCUAUCGCGAUGACAGAGGAACACUUCAGUUGUACCGUACAGAGACUGUGCCAAAUGGAUUGACGCUUUACAUGCUAUGCAAUGGUGGAGAUGUCGUGGAAACUCAAUGCCAGGAAAAUGGCGCUUUUACAGUUGGCUUCCCCAUGAGAUGUUCGAAUCCGAUGCAGCCAAAGGCUUAUAAGAUCCAAGACAAUCAAUGUCCCGAACAAAUGUACAUCAUUGGCUAUGAGAUUGAGAGACAACAAUUGGAGCUAUAUCGAUCGUGUUAUGAUUCAAAAUUGGGACGUGUUUUGUACGCCCAAAGCGAUGUCUACCGCAAGUCCUUUUUUCCAAAACGUCCGUUUGUGGAUUUCACAACCGAUGAGAUUGUUACACCAGCGGAGGCCUCUUCCUAUAUGAAGCAAAAUAUUUACCAUGCAUUCUGUUGCGUCUUUGGCAAUGGUCAGAAUUAUUUACCGCAUUCGAAUGCGUUGAUUAUCAAUCGUGGACAUUUAGUGGCCUCGGCGGACUUUCUAUUUGUCGAUCAAAUGACGAGCACAUUUCGAUAUCUCAACAUUGUGCCACAGUUUAAAUCAAUCAACGAUGGCAACUGGGAGAAAAUUGAACGAUGGAUACGCAGUCAAGUGCCCUGGACAUCUCUAUAUCGGAUCAAAACGGGCGGCAUUGAUGUGCUUACACUUCCCGACGAAAACGGUGUCAAUCGGGAAGCCUAUUUGUCUGGCUCCAAGUUGCCAGUACCAUUGUGGACCUAUAAAGUGGUUAGAGAUUACAACGGAAAUGGAGUCUAUGUUUUUCUCGCCUUUAAUUGCACUUUCGAGAGACAAAGGCCAAAUGUUAUUUCCAUUUGCCAGAUUGUGCCAUGUCCUUUCAGCUUGCCAGAUAAUCCACAUGACGGUUAUAUAUAUUGCUGCGAUCCAUCGAAGUUUCCAUACUAAAACGAGUGGGUUACUUCAAAUU